AUGACGGAGCCUGGGCACAGAAGCAGCAGCAGCAGCAGUAGCGAUGCUUUGCGCUUCCACGCAGCACAUCGCACCGAAGUUGCUACUAAGCUUUUAGUUGACCCGGUGCCGCACCAGGCGGUAGUGCGCUCUGAUUCAUCGUCAAGUCCUGAUGCAGGGCAGGCCACCCUGGAGGCUUUCAUGAAUAGCUAUGAAGAGGACGCGGUGAGCUUCAUCGCAAGCUUUUUGCAUCUUACCCAUAAUGAUAGGGUGACCGCGCUGGCAAAGCUCGAGGGCUAUGAGGAGUCCCCAUCUGCUGUUGACGCGGCGGCAGGCAAUGCGGUGCCGCGGGCAUGCAAGUCAGGUGCCCCAUCUGCCGACCUGCGCCAACCUCUGCAGCAGCACGAACUGCUAGCAGCGCAACGCGCACUGGCUGAGCGCCACACCGCCCACGUCCAGGAAAAGUAUGCUACGCUGCUGUCCUUGGCGUGUCCCCCACAUCGAUACGAAAGCGAACUUCAGUCUUUGGACAAGACAAUAUCACCGGCAUCUGUCGGCGUAUCGUCUGAUGCGGUCUGUGUCGCCGAAAAGGAGGGUCUGGAAACGAUUCAGCUGGAGGAGGGCACGCGCACUGGCAAUCUUGUCGCAUUCCUCGACAAGGGUAUGACGGAAGCUCUCACCAACUUCGACAACUUCUUCGAGACGGACGCUCCCCCACCCCGUGUUCUAUUCGGCGUACCCGAUGAGCCGCGAGGCGAUCUACCGACCCCGUCUUCACAGCUCCCUCUUCCGACGCUAGACGAAAUACUUGCCGAGGAGGUGGAGGAGCCGGCUACGUCUCUCUCUGGGCAAUCCCGCUUAUCGCAGACGCCGUGCGCUAGGGACACCGGUGUUACCUCUGAUGCGUUGGGAGAGCGGUCUCCGAGUGGACGUGAAAGCUGUGCCUCAAGCAUGACUUCAGCUGGGGAGAGUGUUGCGCUGCCGGGGCUGCAGGAUUCGUGUGUGAACUUGGGCACACCUGACGAAACCUUUCGAGAGACCUACAACGCCGACUUUUUAGCCCAGCUUCAGGAGGUCUUUUCGGAAGAAGAUAACUACGUGCAGUCCUUUGCCUUGGAUCCCUUCUUCAACUACGACGCCGACCUCCUCGGAGAGGCAUUUCGUGCCGGAGCUGCAUGGCGGCAAGAUUGA